AUGGGGAGAGCUCCGUGCUGUGCGAAAAUGGGGUUGAAGAAAGGGCCAUGGAGUUUAGAAGAAGAUCAGAUUCUCAUCAAUUACAUCAACACAUAUGGCCAUGCCAAUUGGCGUGCUCUUCCUAAACAUGCUGGGCUGUUAAGGUGUGGAAAGAGUUGCAGACUUCGGUGGACAAAUUAUCUGAGGCCGGACAUCAAACGGGGCAACUUUACCAAAGAAGAAGAGGACUCAAUAAUCAAUUUUCAUGAAAUGUUGGGAAACAGAUGGUCAGCUAUUGCAGCCAGGUUACCAGGACGAACAGAUAACGAGAUUAAAAAUGUGUGGCAUACCCACUUGAAGAAGAGGCUGCCACAAAACCAACAGUGCAAUGUUUCAAAACAAGAUAAAGAAGAAAUAAUGAAGUUGGAUUUGGACGCCACCAAAUCCAACCAAGACGCCAAACAAGAACAAGACCCGGUGAAUUCUCCUCAAUGUUCUAGUGACGUGUCCUCAUUCACCACUAGUGACAACAACGAGAAUAAUUGUAGCAUUACUACCAGUAAUACUACUAAUGAUCAUGACAUGUCUAUUGAUAUUAAUAAUGUUGAUUCGCCGGAGAAUGAUCUUGCAUUGGAUGAUGAUUUCUGGUCGGAAGUGUUGUCAAGUGAUAAUUCCGAUGACACAAGCGGUUUUCCGGCCAUUGGUGAUGACUAUCAGAUUCAAAUUCCAUUCUCUCCAACAGUGACCGAAGAAGGGGUCCUUAGUGCUAGUUCGUUAAGUAUGUGCGAUAACAUGGACUUUUGGUACGAUGUUUACACAAGAGCUGAGGAAUUAACAGGGUUACUGGAAUUGUAA